AUGACCCACCGCCAACGCCUCUUCGCCCUAACAGGCCUCCCCUCCCUCCUCUCCACCCCCUCCGACGCCCUCCUGAUAAUCCUCAACCGCACAACCCGCAUGCUCUCCUACGGCGCCUCCUCGCUGAUCCUCGCCCUUUUCUUCUCCUCUCUACACUUCUCCGACAGCCAAAUCGGGUUAUUCAUGAGCCUUACCCUUAUGGGGGACGUCGUCUUGUCGUUACUUUUGACGCUGGUCGCGGACCGGUUAGGGCGGAGACGAACGUUGUUGAUUGGGGCGGCAAUGAUGAUUUCCUCUGGUGUCAUCUUUGCAACUUGUGAGAAUUACUGGGUGCUUUUGGCGGCGGCGGUGGUGGGUGUUAUCAGCGCAACGGGAGGGGAUUUUGGGCCUUUCCGGGCGAUAGAGGAGAGUAUGGUAUCUGAGCUGACGGAUAGUGAGACGAGGGCGGAGGUGUUGGGGUGGUAUGUUGCUAUGAGUAGUGCGGGGAGCUGUGCGGGGACGGCGGUGGCGGGUAGGGUGGUGCAGUGGUUGGUUGAGACGCAAAAGUGGGAGGGGAGGGAGGCGUAUCAUGCGGUUUUUUGGGGGUAUGUGGCUAUGGGGGUGGUUAAUGUUUUGGGGGUUUGGGGGAUGACUGACAAGUGUGAGUUGGGAGGGGGGAAGGGACGGGGAGGAAGGGGGGUCAAUGGGCCGGUGGUGCAGGUGUUGGAGCCGGAGACGGAUGGGACGAGGGAGACGGAGCCGUUGUUGACGGCGGAGGCGGGGCCGUCGCGGGAUGUUGUUGUGGGGAGAGAAGAGGAGGAGGAGGAGGAGGAGCCGAAGAAAAAGGAGAAGGGGUGGUUCAAGGUGGAGAUUUCCCGGUCGACGCUUUCGGUCAUGCUCAUUCUUUGGGCUCUGCUCAUGGCCGAUAACGCCGCCGAUGGUAUGGUCUCCAUGUCUUUGACGACUUACUACAUGGACCAGAAGUUCCAUCUGCCCAAGUCGAUGCUUGGCGACUUUUUGUCGACCGCCUACUUCCUCGCCGCUCUGUCGUCCGUCUUUGCGGGCCCGCUGGCAAGGCACAUCGGUCUUGUCAACACCAUGGUCUUUACGCACAUCCCAUCCUCGGCUGCGGUACUCUUCUUCCCCUGGCCCAAGAACGUCACAGCCGCGUUUGCUCUCCUGCUGGUGAGAGUUGGACUCAACAACAUGGAUCAGGCGCCAAGGGCGGCGCUGAUUGCCGCUGUGGUUAAGCCCGAAGAGAGGACGGCGGUCAUGGGCAUCACGAGCACUUUGAGGACACUCGCAUCGACUAUGGGACCGAGUAUCACGGGCCUGUUGGCGGACGGAGGAAGGUUUUGGGUGGCGUUUGUGGUGGCAGGUGCGCUGAGGUUGACGUAUGAUUUGGGGAUUUUUACCAUGUUUAUCAAUAUCAAGUUAAACAAGCAUGAGGAGGAGGAGCAGGUUGCGAGGGAGGGGGACGAGGAGGAGAUUGAUUGA